AUGAAGCCCACCACAAUCCUCCUCGCAACCAUCCUCCCCGCCCUAGCCAUAUCAGCAGCCGCCCCCGACCCCGACCCCGAACCCGAAGCCCCCGAUACCGCGCCGGACGUCGAUCUCAGCGAAAGAGCGGACGCCAACCCCCCCAAGACAUGCAAGAUCAACAAGGCGAAUCCCCCGGAUAUCGCCCCAUUCUGGGAGCUCCCCUGCGCGUGCACCGGGCGUGCAGGGCAGUGGACCCUCGGGACCGAUAUCAAGCUUGUCUGCCGGACGGAGGUUGCUGGGACGGAUUGGUAUAAGACCAAAUCCGGGUUCUGGGUCCGGAACCUGAAGGCUGGAACGCCCGGACCGGGAUGUAAGGGCGGGAUCCCUGCGGGGCUGCCGAACUGCGAUAUCUGAACUUGGGUCACAGGGACAGGGACUUCUUCUUCGAGGUCCUUGCCUGCUUGCCCCGGAUCCCGGCGGCAGCCACUCACUCACUCACUCACUCACUCACUCACCACAAAAUGGAAUGCUGGGUCAUUUCACCUGAUCGGUCAACGCACAUGAAUGAAUGUUAUUUUGAUAGCGUCAAUCCCUCCAAAAGUGACCUACUUUGGUUGCAAGGUUCGGAAUUAGG